GAGAAAAACAAAUUCGAGAUCGAGAAAUAAUGGCGAGGAAGUUGGCGAUGACAUUGAAGCUGAUAGCGGUCAAGAAGAAUAUUACAAAGACAGUGGCCCUAGCUGAAGAUGAGGAAUUUGAUGAUGAAGGAGGUAUUAAGUCAAAACGUAAACGUCGAAUUUUAGUUCCUUUGAAAUAUAGUGAUAAUGAGGACGAUGAAAACAAAACCGAAGAAAGGAAAAAGAAAAUUAGUGAGAAUAUUCUUAGCAAAAAGUUACAGCCAUUUGUAAGUAAAAGAAUUGUUGAAUAUCUCAGCGUACAAGAAGAUGAAUUAACUUUAGAUGAGGAAUCCGAGCUAUUUAUGUUAAUUUUUGAAACGGAAAGUAAGAAAAAUAUAAAAUGAAGAUACAGCUUUUGAAAGGUUUCUAGAAUGGGCUAGAUAAUUCGAAGUAAUUUGAGGCAAUGGCAUAUAACACGUAGCCAGAGUUUUUUAAUUUAUAUAUAUUGUCUAUCAGAUUCUUUUCAUUAAAAUGUGAUAUUCAAAAAUUAAAAAUUAAAUAUAAUAAAACUUCAUAAUUCUUUUUAUCAAUAGCAAAUUGAUAAAAUAAUUACUUAAGAGAUCUAUUUUUUU